CAGCGCUGAUGUAAACAAGGAAAUGGAAACGUAACAGCUCACAAAUACGGUAAAUGAGAAAACAACUUCUCGCAUUUGCACUGGAACAAGGUAUCGUUUCUCUCCGACUGUCUGUUUAGAGACACGCCACGGCUCUCAUUGUGACUCGCCUUUCUCCCUCACUGAGAUCGUUGUUAUUCAAUUGAAAAUGGAAGAAAUCCACAAGAGGAUUCUUCAGCGCAACAGGAUCAAUCUUGUGAGAGACUUGGACCCAUCGAGCCUCUAUGACGGACUGCUUGAAAAGGGAGUUUUUACCCAAGACAUGAUCGAUGAGAUUAAGAGCGCGGGGACCAGGCGUGACCAGGCCAGAAAGCUGGUGCAGGACUUGGAGACGCGUGGCAGUCGGGCCUUUGCCAUGCUCCUGCUGUGCCUCGAGGAGACGGACCAGCACGGUUUGGCAGAACUUCUUCAGCGUGCGGCUCCAGCGGUUCAGAUCUGGCCCGCAGCGCCCAAUCAGGUGGUCGACCUCCCGGUUGUCCGGCCCCUUCCUCUUUCCCUUUGUACUGAUGUUGAACAGCAGGGAAAAGACAACGUCCCCAUCUAUCCAAUACAGAAACCCAGUCCCAGUCCAUCCCCUGAAAGGGAGAACACAUUAACAAGGCCACCAGGCAGAACUCGACGGGAUAGUAUUCAGAGCUAUAAAAUGGAUGCCAGCCCUUGUGGACAUUGUCUCAUCAUAAACAACGUAGAGUUUGAACCUGACAGCGAGCUGAGCAAUCGCAAAGGGUCCAACAUAGACUGCGACAAGCUGGAGAAAAGAUUCAAGGCCCUCAACUUCAUUGUGGAAGUGAGGACGAACCUGAAACAAAGACAAAUCAAACAUGCACUGUCGGCCUUAUCUAAGAAAGACCAUUCACAGUGUGACUGCUGUGUGGUCAUCAUGCUGUCCCACGGGACUGAGGUGAGUCACAACCGCUUCCCGGGUGCCGUGUACGGCGUGGACGGACAGCAUGUCCCAGUUCAGCUCAUCACAAACUACCUCAAUGGCCAGCAUUGUCCGUCAUUGCAGGGCAAACCUAAACUUUUCUUCAUCCAGGCCUGCGGAGGAGGUGAGCGAGACACAGGAUUCGAGGUGUCUCCGGAUGAGGUUGAACCAUCCAUCGGCGGGGCAGACGAUCAAACGGACGCCAUUCCGAUGUCAUCCAGCAGCGACUCUCUGAGCCUAUCCGACGAAGUGGACGCCAGAGCAACGCUGCCCACCCCGAGCGACAUUCUGGUGUCCUACUCUACUUUUCCGGGUUAUGUUUCUUGGAGGGACACCCAGUCCGGCUCGUGGUACGUCGAGACUCUAGACCAGGUUCUUGAGCAAAACGCUGCUACCGAUGACUUGGUCACAAUGUUGAUGAUGGUUAACCAUGAAGUCUCCCAGAACUCUGCCAAAGGGCUCUACAAGCAAAUGCCCGGUUCCUUCAACUUCCUCCGCAAACUUCUCCACUUUCAAACCCACGCCUAGCGGCAAAGUUCAGGGAAGUUGCACUUCCAAGUUUCGCUUUCAGGGAAUGUCAGUCUAUUUCAAUACUAUAAGGCAGAGUGAUUUCAUCAGUAACGUAUGAAUAUGCAGAAUCCUGUUUGUAUUUCUACAAACCCAAUAAUGUCUUAAUAUAAACUUCUCAUAGUUGUAUUGUGGUGCUCUAUUUUUAAUAGUUGGUAUCUUUUAAAAAUGAACUGUUUGGGUGUAGGGCAAAUUUCUGGGAGAAAAUAUUUAUGUCCUAAGAGAAUGUUUGGUGAUUUUUUAUAUUCUUGGUGUAUUUAUUGUCAGGUGCCAAAAUUUACUUUCAAAUUUCAAUCAUGGUUCAAAACAUUCUCUUAAAAUUACAAACGUUACAAGACGUUUCUGACUUCAUGUCAGGUUCAUUUCCCAUUUUUACCGUGUUUCAAGUUUAUUUCGUAUAGUUGUCAAGAUUUCUCUUUUUGCAUUGUUUUUUAUAUAUAAUAAUCAAUUUUUCAUAAAAACAAUGGACGAUUGUCUUGUGUAACAGGAUUCAGAAUAAAUGUCAGCAGAGUUGUCAAGAGGCAGAGGUCGUCUUUGUAGAAUUUUUAAACAACAAAAAGAAACAAAACAAAUAACUAGGAGUAUCUCCAGCAUUUGUCAAAUAAACUCCGCUAUCUGACUCACCGGGUUCCUCUCCCAACACAUCUCCUCCCUGCUGUCUUUCCUCCUUCUCCUUUUGUACCCGCCCCUUGAUGAGAUGAUGAGGUCCAGGUGCAUCUCCUGGCACACCUGAUCUUGAUGAUCAUGUUUCUGAAAUGUGUCUUCCGCUUUAGUACAGCUCAGUUUAAUAAGGUGCAGCUGGCUGCUCACACUGUGCUACAGGUGUUUAUUGUGCACAUAGUUAGACUUUGAACUCCAAACAUCAGGAAAUGGUGCUUGGGACUUGUGCUUUUUGUGAUGCAGGUAUCUUCUCUGAGUUUGUUUCCCCCUCCACUGCCACCAGGGGACUCCAUUCAAGCAGAAAUGGUCCGUCUCAGGUUAGCUAGAAUUUGUACCAGACAUUGAACAAAGCCUUGUUACAAUACUCUCUAAUAAGAAAUCAGUCUCUAUCAUGACUUGGUCAAUCGGAAAAAAGUUUUGAUUAAAAUGCAUAAGUCCUGGGAAUGGCCUAAAAGGGGGAGGGUAUAAAAAAGCAAGGUGAAUAAUUCGGUCAUUAAAAGGACAAUAUGUGUGUAAAAUUCAAUGACAAUUCUGAACAGUUACACACAGUUAACUUUCCCCAAUUUCUCUACGCUCUGUAAAACAACACAAAUAAACCUUUUCAAAUGUUAGUAUAAAUAAAGUUGAAACUCAUAGUUGAUAAUUGUUGACCUAUGAAUGCUGAAUUAAGAAAUUGGUAGAACAGUUUGGUGACUUUGUACCGAAAGGUUUGGUUCUAUUUAUACACCUAAAGUUUCUUCCUUGUGUAGUUUUCUUUUUUUAAGCUGAUGGACAUCACAGCGGCAUCAGAGUUGCGACAUGAAAUUAUUAUAAAUAUUUGUGCAUUAUUGUAUCAGGCUUUUUACCCCCUUUACCAUCCCCAAAAUAUUCUUUUGGAAUAAAACUUCAUGCAACCAA